AUGCAUCGUCUUUUUGCUGAGCUGGAGCCAUCUUUAAUCGUCACAGAGCAAAACCUGGCAGACCGAGUUCGGUAUAUCUUGCGCUCAAAUAUAUUUGAUGUCGCCGAACUCGAACGGCUACGACGUGAGGCUGUUCCCUCGUCGGAUGAGAAUGCUACGGCUGAGGAUGCGGCGCCACAAAUGGUAGAGCAACCCGCAAACGUGGAUGCCGCCGUGAAUACCCCAGUUGUGGUUGAUUCAAACGAUGAUGGAACAGUCGCCCAGGAACUGGAAUUAGAGCAUAUGAGGAGUACAUUGGAAGAGGUGAUUGUGGAAACGCGCAGUACGCCUCUCGAAAAUCGACCGCGACUUCCCCGCAUAGCCCUAAGCAAGCGGAAUCGGGCUGUCGUGAGGAUUCUGAACCCAAUGCUGGUUACCUAUUUGGAAGCCAGCCGGGACCUUUGCGAGACGGACUCAAUUCUUUUUGGCUCCGCGCUGGCAGUCUGCCGUAUCAUAGGCGCCAAGGUUUCCACGGCUGGACGCGCUACUGGUCAUAGUAGCGCUAUCCCAGCAUGGAGAAGAAGAAUUGAGGAACGUAUCGCAAAGGCUAGAGCUCUCAUCGGCAGACUGAUAUGCUUCAGAUCAGGCAACAACAGGCCAAGAAUUGUGCGCACCGUCAGGAUGGCGUUUGCUGGGACAAAUGUCAGUUUGUCCCAGCCGGAUAUAACGCAAAAACUGACGGAGCGCAUAGAUGAUCUGAAGCAGAGAAUCGCUGCUUGGGGAAAGCGGAUUCGGCGAUAUACCGAGAGGUCGACACGGUUCAACCAGAAUCGUCUCUUCCAGAGUGAUCAGAAGAGGCUCUAUGAAUCAUUGGAGCGACCAAUGGUAAGUGGAACGGGUCCAGCACCGGAUCAGGCCGACACUGUAGCAUUCUGGCGCGGCCUGUGGUCAGAGCUCGUAAACCACAGCGAGGGCCCUUGGACGGAAGUUGUGGCGAGUCAGUGUGCGGGUAUUACGCCCAUGGACCCCGUCAUCAUAACGCCGGAUGACGUAGCUGAGGCGGUUCGUAGGGCCCCGAACUGGAAAAGUCCGGGGCUUGACGGGCUGCAUCACUACUGGCUGAAGGGGUUCAUGAUAGUGCGCAAAGGGCCGCUGCCUGGGGGUCGCCGGGGCGCGUCUGGAGCUGGCGCUGGACGCGGCAGCAUGCGGGCCGCCAGGAGGGAGAGACGGUCCAGCCCUCGCUCCAUCCAGAAGGCUUGGUGUCGGCUGGGUCUUCUCGGACUCAGCAAGCGGCACCCGCCCUGGUGGAGCACGCCGUUGGCGAGAUCAAACGCACUGCGGGCGUACUUUAGGGCAAAAGGGGAAGAAACUGGAUGUUUGGCGUAUCGGGCUAGGAUGCAUCGUCUUUUUGCUGAGCUGGAGCCAUCUUUAAUCGUCACAGAGCAAAACCUGGCAGACCGAGUUCGGUAUAUCUUGCGCUCAAAUAUAUUUGAUGUCGCCGAACUCGAACGGCUACGACGUGAGGCUGUUCCCUCGUCGGAUGAGAAUGCUACGGCUGAGGAUGCGGCGCCACAAAUGGUAGAGCAACCCGCAAACGUGGAUGCCGCCGUGAAUACCCCAGUUGUGGUUGAUUCAAACGAUGAUGGAACAGUCGCCCAGGAACUGGAAUUAGAGCAUAUGAGGAGUAUAUUGGAAGAGGCGAUUGUGAAAACGCGCAGUACGCCUCUCGAAAAUCGACCGCGACUUCCCCGCAUAGCCCUAAGCAAGCGGAAUCGGGCUGUCGUGAGGGCUCUGAACCCAAUGCUGGUUACCUAUUUGGAAGCCAGCCGGGACCUUUGCGAGACGGACUCAAUUCUUUUUGGCGCCGCGCUGGCAGUCUGCCGUAUCAUAGGCGCCAAGGUUUCCACGGCUGGCUACGCGCUACUGGCCAUAGUAGCGCUAUCCCAGCAUGGAGAAGAAGAAUUGAGGAACGUAUCGCAAAGGCUAGAGCUCUCAUCGGCAGACUGA